GACCUCCUUGAGAAACCAAGGAACGAAUUCACAGACCUCAUCACCAGCUUCAUGCUUACAGUCGACAGCAGGAAGACGAGACUGGAUCACCAUGGAAGAAGUAGGGAUUCAGCGGGAUUGAUGCAACCUGCAGCAUUUGCAGUUCGGGGGAGGAAGAAGAAGAGCUAUCAUGGGGUGUCUCAAGAACGAGAGAGCUUUAAGAAACCAAGUAAUUGAUCUUUGUUCUGCAGUGUUGUUACUGGGGUUCACUUCAUCUUUUCAAUCUAGCUGGGUUGGAUGCUUGAUGUAACAUAUGGAUAUCUUUCAGAUCAUAUUGUCGUAGUUGAGACAAUUAAUAUCGUCUAUUCGUCCUUUAAUUUAGUCUAUCAUAUAAAGUAUUCGAUCUUUAUAGAAUGACUCUUUUGCUUAUGGAACGCGGUAUUGUUCGGACAUGCAUGCAGUCGACGAAAAGAACUGAAACCUAUCAGAGCACAACUGGGCCACCCUCAUUAAUUUGAUCCUAUCUCAUCAGCAGACCAUUCAUCCAAAUCCCUGUCAAACCAUAGACUUACGGGGAGAGAGCAGAGCCUCGUCAAUCGUUUCUCUCCUCCAAAGUUCAUCUGCAUCUUUCUUCCUUUCCAAUUCCCUUUCCUCCUGUGUUAUUCCCCUUUCCGAUGAAUCCCAGGAUCUUGCCGAGCCACAAGGAAAUCUUUACUGUCUUCUUCUUCUUAUUCUGGAUCCUUUGUUUGGUGGUAGGCAGCCCAGUCCUUGCCGCAACUAUUGGGUCUGGGGUUUGUCAGCCUCAAAGAUGCGGGAAUCAGACAAUCAAGUACCCUUUCUGGCUCAGCAAUAAGCAACCGUCUUAUUGUGGCUUUCCUCCGUUCAACGUCACCUGCAUCAGCAGCGACGGCCAAGCCGAAACCAUUUCUUUUAACGUUUUUGACGGUGCAUAUCAUGUCAAGAACAUCUUCAACGAGAACAAGUCGGUUCAGAUCACUGCUGCCGGAUUCGACGAUGAUCGGUGCCCGUUACCAACCUUCAACAUCACUUCCGGCCUUUACCCCUUCGACCUCAGCUCCGCCAACAAGCGCAUCUUCUUCCUCGUCAAUUGCUCGAGCUCGGUGAAUCUACCUGCUUCCUACCAGAACAUAUCAUGUGCUACUGAUGGAGGACUGUCCUACUUCGGCGGUGAGUACAAUGGCUCGGUCAAGCUGAACUUUUCCGGUGGAGUAUGUAAGCUGUUUGUGGUGCCGGUGGUGGGUUACAUCGAUGUGGGCAUCGAUGUAAACUACUCUGCUCUGCUGAGGACUGGGUGGUUGCUGAACUGGACGGCGCCGGAUUGUACAGAGUGCAGUGACAGCGGCGGCCGAUGUGGAUUCAAUGACACGACAUCAAAAUUCAUGUGCAUCUGCCCUGACCAAGUCCAUACAAGGAAAUGUGAGAUUGUUCUUGAUGUUGCAGCUCAUUCAAAGAGGACAAAGCAUAUAAUUAUAGUAUUUUCUAGCUUUGGAGGGUUUCUCUUAUGUCUGUGUGUAUUCCUCUUGAUCUACUAUAAGAAGUCUCAUGAAGGAAAUGUGCAGAGUGCUGAAGCCUUACUAAACAUGCAUGGCUCCCUAUCCCCAAAGAGGUACAAGUAUUCUGAGAUAAAGAGGAUGACCAGAUCCUUCAGCCACAAGCUUGGACAUGGCGGCUAUGGCACUGUGUACAAGGGCACUCUCCAAGAUGGCCGCUCAGUGGCUGUGAAGCUCCUAACUGCAUCCAAAGGAAACGUAGAGGAGUUCAUCAAUGAGGUCGUCAGCAUCAGUAGAACAUCCCAUGUUAACAUCGUCAGUCUUCUGGGUUUCUGCUUGGAGGGAUCAAAGAGGGCUCUUGUCUACGAAUUCAUGCCAAAUGGAUCCCUAGAGAAGUUUAUCAACGCCGAGGACUCCGAAACAAGAACACCAAUUGGGUUGGAGAAGCUGUACGAGAUAUCGGUGGGCAUUGCACGAGGCCUGGAAUACCUGCACCGCGGAUGCAACACUCGUAUCGUUCACUUCGACAUCAAGCCUCACAACAUCCUCCUGGACCAAGACUUCUGCCCAAAGAUCUCAGAUUUCGGACUGGCAAAGCUGGGAUCUCCCAAAGAAAGCAUCCUCUCGAUGGCAGCUCCUCGUGGCACUGUGGGAUACAUCGCCCCGGAAGUGUUCUCCAGGAACUUCGGAGCUGUGUCCAGUAAGGCUGAUGUCUACAGCUAUGGGAUGAUGGUGCUGGAAAUGGUGGGGGGAAGGAAGAACAUAGAUGCAGUAGUUGAGAGCACCAGCGAGAUCUACUUUCCUCAUUGGAUCUACGAUCGUCUUGACGGGAAGAAUGAGAUCGACAUAUCAGGUUUGAACAGUGAGAAUGAGGAGACUGUGAGGAAGAUGAUAAUUGUUGGUCUGUGGUGCAUACAGAUGAUGCCUGGGAAUCGACCGUCGAUGAGUGAGAUAGUGGAUAUGUUGGAAGGAAGCAUCAAAGACUUGCAGAUGCCACCGAGGCCAUAACAAGUUUCAGAUCAACUGUGUCUUGCCACCAAAUUGGUGUUCUUGUUUGGGCAUUUUCUUUGAUCCAAAUAAGCGAGCUACAGACAGGAAAAACCUGAACUGGUCUCUUGCCACACUGGGACCCAGCGGGGCCCACGCUUAUUGUAUACCUCUAUUUUCUAUAUUCGAUUGCAACUAAGUGGCAGUCCUACCGGUCGAUUCA